UGUAGUGCCACAAGUAUGGGGGCGUCAGUGCGCUUUCAGCUCUCGUCGAGACGCUAUCGAGAGCGCCGAAAGCUACACAAGUGCGAAAAGUUUACGAGUGGCAAGUGCGCACGGGAACGCAUAAUUAUAACGUCAAAAAUUGCUAAGAAGUCGCGGCUCCAGAUCAAACAGGUGGCGUUGUGGGUGUGAUGUGCGGAGUUUGUGAGUGACUGAAAAGUUUUUUGAGGGAGGAAGAUCGAAUUCGACCGGAAGCCAAGUUUCAGACAGAUUAUGGUGUAACCCCCACCAUGCCCAAAUCCUGGACGCCCCGUCGCUCCCCUUUCUCCCUCUCCUCCCAGUCCCGCAAGACCCGGAUGAAACCCACCAUGCCAUAAACUCCACCAUGUCCACCACCGACACGUACGCCUUCCAGAACGACACCCCCUUCAACCUCAGCCUCGACUCCUGCCUCAAUGACGAAGAAAAGUACCUCCAGCUCUACCGCUUCUUCACCAACGGCCUCCUCCUCAACAUCAUCGGCAUCCUGGGCAUCCUCGGCAACAUCAUCUCCAUGAUCAUCUUGUCCAGGCCGCAGAUGAGGUCCAGCAUCAACUACCUCCUCAUCGGCCUGGCCAGAAUCGACACGGUCCUGAUCCUCACGAGCAUCCUGCUCUUCGGCCUGCCCGGGAUCUACCCCUACAGCGGACUCCUCUUCACCUACUACUACGUGGUGUACCCGCACAUCGCCCCUGUGGUCUUCCCUCUGGCCAUGGUGGUGCAGACCGCGUCGGUGUACUUGACUUUGACAGUGUCCUUGGAACGGUUCGUGGCCGUGUGCCACCCUUUGAGGGCCAGGUCGCUGUGCACGUACGGAAGGGCCAGGAUGUACGUGGUGGGGAUCAUCGUGUUCUCGGCGGUGUACAAUCUACCGAAGCUGUGGGAGUCGACGAUCAAGGAGGAGUGGUAUCCGGAGAAGAAUGUGACGGUGUACUGUCCGAGGGCGUCGGCGCUUAGGGAGAAUGAGUUGUACAUAAGGGUGUACAUUCAUUGGCUGUACCUUAUUUUUCUGUACCUGCUGCCCUUCAUGGGGCUUGCUAUACUCAACGCGGCCAUUUAUAGACAGGUCCGCAAGGCCAACAAGGAGCGGCAGCGCCUCUCCCGGCUCCAGAAACGCGAGAUCGGUUUGGCCACCAUGCUCCUGUGCGUGGUGGCGGUGUUCUUCGUGUGCAACCUGCUGCCUCUGGUGAUCAACAUCAUCGACACCUACCGCCCCUGGUGGAACUUGUCGAUCCUGGUCAACACCAGCAAUCUGCUGGUCACGAUUAACUCUAGCGUCAACUUCAUCAUCUACGUCAUCUUCGGGGAGAAGUUCAAGCGGCUGUUCUUGGUGCUGUUCUGCAACAAUUCGCUGUUCGGAACCGGGAGGGAGUCGCCGGAUGGGGCCACGCAUGAAGACAGCUUUAUGUCGAAUGGCGAUAGGCAAAGCCUGAGACUGCACCGCCAAAACACGACCAUCAGCCGCAACGGCAUGUCCGGCCGGAUGAACGGCUCCCAGAAGAAGCGCUCCAGGGCGUCGAGCCCCGGCCCGUGCGUCUAUUACCCCGCAAACCGGGGCAGCAAGGAGAUCCCGAGCGCGUACACCACGCAAACGUCGCUCUCCGGGCCGGACUGAGGGAGGAACAGGAUGCGGGGUUGGUUGCGAGGCGAAACGUAAGGAAGUACCUGCAGUUUUAGCAAAUUCCUUCCCGAAUGCCACUUGUGACACUUUCUAGAAAUUAAUCUCGGCAUUUCGAUUAAAAGAGCAUUCCUCUAUUCGGAGUGACAUUUGCGACGUUCGGACCCAAUUACUGUAGUCCGAGGGAGGAAGGAAGGGAUGCAGAUGCGAGGAUAACCCCUGAUAACCCCUAAAUGUGAUACUUGGACUGUAGAAACUGUUGUGGUAGUGACUAGUUAGAUCCUCUUUGUAUAUAAAGUCUGGACCAAUUCUAUCCUAUCUACAGACAUCUUUCUUCUAGUCAAUAUUUUUAAUUGUUGCGAUUAGCAAGAGCAGGGCGGGCUUUGGACGCCGGACUGUCACUAAUAGCAUCACAGGGUAUUAUUUAUACCGCGACUAAGCGCAUGUUUAAGGCCGACUCUGAUCUGAACUGAACUGAACUGAACUGAACUGAACUGAGCAACAAGAUAACAAUGCUAUAUUUCAUAUCACCGAUUUAUCAAACACAAAGAUCAAAAUUCAUUGAACACUUCACAGUCGGAGUUGAGCCUUAAGCCGUGUUUACAAUAGUACAAAGAUUGGCAGCUGCCUAACCUCUCACGCAGCUGUCACGUAUUACUUAACCUACAUUACAAUUGACUCAGCCAUGCGCUUUAGUCUUCUUUCAGAUCUAGUCUUCACCACACUGCCGUAUUUUAGCCCUAAUUUAUCAUCCAAAAAUGAUAUUACUAUACUUAAGUUAUUUACUUUAGCCCAUAUCAAUCGAUACAAAUGUAUGUAUCCUAUAGUAAUCAUACUUCACGUGUCACCGCACAUCUUCAUCCGUGGGGAAAUAUAAGCGCUAUCUUUUGCAAGCAUAAAAGACUAUUUUGGUAUAAAGUGGAUUUGUAAUUCGAGAGAGAAAAAUCACGUAGCGUCUAUCUACAAAUUCAGCAUUCCUAACCUAAUCUUGUACAUACAAUAUUACAAUAUGUAAUCACACGUUAAUCAUAAGCCUGAAGCACACGAUACACGUUCUGUUCCGUUGUACAGUGUACACCCACGUGGAUAAAAUUUAUGCUUAUUAGUAUCCACCGACCUGAACUAAUUUCGCCGCGUUGCCAUACAUUUAAAUUAAAGAGAUAAACUCGAAAUUACGCGCGGAUUAAUUUAUUGUCGCCGUUAUAAAUUUCGCCCGAGCGGAAUACUUAGCUAAGUCUAGUUUAAGUUGCCCGAUUAUUUAUUUUUGUACCUGGAAUGAUCACUUCAUCACAAGAUGUACAAUGUAUCCGAAAAUGAGA